UCAUGAAACUGUCAUUCGCUCUCAAUCCCAAAUCAAACCCUAAACCUAGAUUUUUUUAACCAAGAACAAGAGAAAUCAAAGUAUGCUAGACACGAAUAUGCAACUGAAUUUGAUCAAAGAAAACCUGUAGAUGAUCAUAAACGACCCAAAAUCAUUACCCCUCCAUUACAAAACUCAUGGAAAUUUACUAGUAAGAUGAGUAAUCUUCAAAGUCUUGCAACAAAAUCUUAUUCUGCUACUGAUGAUCCUGAAACUCGGUUCGAACGAGAAGCAGCACCUCCAACUACAGUUGCUGAUCAGGGUUUCAAGUAUGGAUUAACUCUUAGAAAAAAGGAUGGCAGUGAGGUUGAUGAUAACUCUGGUAAAUCUAGAGUUGUUGUUAGUAGUUCAUCUAUUAAUGUGAAUUUGCCUGAGGAUCGCGUUGAUUUCCCUUAUGCCGAGGCUUUACUUGCUGGUUAUGGUUGGAAAAAGGGACAAGGGAUUGGAAAGAAUGCCAAGGAAGAAGUUCAAGUUGUUCAGUAUGUGGGAUGGACUGAAAGACUAGGGUUAGUUUAUGAACCUCAUGGUAGUAGAGAGACGAAAAAGAGGAAAAUACAAGGAGAAACACGAAAUGCAGCUAAACAUGAUAAUAGUACUGGAUUGAGCCAGAAAGGAGGAAAAGUGAAGGGUGAUGAUCCUUCUUGGUUGAUUAGUCACAUUAGAGUUAGAGUAGUUAGCAAAACAUUUAGAGGAGGGAAACUGUAUAUGAAGAAGGGAGAAAUAGUCGAUGUGGUUGAGCGAAGUGUAUGUGAUAUUGCAAUGGAUGAAAGCAAAGAGGUUAUUCAGGGUGUAAAGCAAGACAUCCUUGAGACAGUAAUUCCAAGGUGUGGCGGUGCAGUCCUAAUUCUUUAUGGAAAGCACAAGGGGGUCUUUGGGAAUCUUGUGCUCGAUGUUCAUCUUGAACAAAUUGCAGAGUACAUUGGAGAUCCAAGUCAUUUAGGAUAUUGAUCUUCCUUGACCAAGAAUCCAUUUGUCAAGGAGCAGAAGAAACAAGAUUUGUCAUCUGCCACCAAGUAGAUGCAAGUCUAGAGAGAUGAUAUGAGGCCUUGUGAGAUGGUCUUUGGGAAUGGAAAUGCUAGAGAACUAGCAGCGGUUUCAUAUCUAGACAAAGUUCAAUCUUCCAAUGAGUGGCCAAAUUGAACCACGGGUUAUUAGUUGGGAUAAAAUGAGAACUCUGAGCAUAGACCGUUUCCACCACAACUCAGAUUUCAAUGUCUAUGCCAGUGGCUUCUUUUUGCUGCUCCGCAGCUAGCUCUCAUUCCCCUAACAGACAGUGGAAACAAAAGGCUGCUUUUGGAGUCACUGUGAAGCGUUGAAGUAUACAUACAACAGAAAACAAGCUCAAGUUUGAUGGUUCAACAACAUAAUUUUGUUGUGAAUGCUUAACUCUGCACUUUCAAGUUUUCAGCCUUUCUUUAUUCUUAACCAGAAGGAUAUGUUCAUGCAGUAUGUUGUUGCAGUAACAAUUUGCAGAAUAUACAUUAUCGUGGUCCUGUUCUAAAUGUCAAAAGUACUCUAGCUUGGCUUUAUGAUGCCACAUAGAAAAACGUUGGUGGUAGUGUCAAGCCUGUUUGUUUUUGUUCUUCUUGGAACUGGAAAUAGAUUAAAAAUUUAGAUAUUCAGGCUGUGAACCUGAACAGCAUUGGAUCUUAGAAGCAUCUGGUAAUCAUGGCUCGUAACUCGUAAUCCUAUGGUAUUGAUACAAAGUUGCGGAUAUACGUUCUCAAAUAAAUGUUUCUUGCUUUCUAUGUGUGUUAA